AUGACCGAGCUGGAUCCCGACAUCUACUCUGUGGUAUGGAUCGCCCCUCUCGAGAUCGAGGCCCAGGCGGCCUUGCGCAUGCUUGACCGACGACACCGCGGCCGAUUUCCCCUAUGUCGCGGCGACGACUACGUGUUCCACGCUGGCGACAUGUGCGGGCAUAGCAUUGUCAUCGCAACUCUGCCUGCCGGCCAGGAAUACGGCACUGGCUCAGCCGCUGCGCUCGCCAGUCAGGUCAAGAAGUUCUUCCCCAGCCUGUGGUUUGGGCUGCUGGUCGGGGUCGCCGCCGGCCUUCCGAAUCUCUCGCGGACCCCGCCGCGCGAUAUUCGUCUUGGCGACGUUCUGGUCGCUCUCCCCGACGGCGACAGCGCCGGGCUGGUGGCCUACGACUUGGGCAAGGAAACGGGGCCAGACGGCUUCCAGCUCCUUCGCUUCGGACACGUGCUAGCUACCACAGAGACCGUCGUCAGGUCUGCCAUUGGCAGCAUCAAGCUCAACGCGCCGAACGACGCCGACAUCUUUCUCCCCUACUACCAGAACGUGAAGGACCAGGAACACGCCACGGGUACGUUUGCCGACCCCGGCCAGGACUAUGACACGCUCUACGAGGCCGACGAGCAUGGCGGGGAGAGGCGAGUAGAGCGGCGGCAGCGGCCAGAUUCCCGGCGCACUCGAGUGUGGUACGGUCCAAUAGGCUCCGGGGAGAAGCUGGUGAAGAACGCCCGGAAGAGGAACGAGCUGAGGGACAUGUAUAACGUCAUUGGGCUCGAAAUGGAGGCGGCCGGCACCAUGAACCGCAUUCCUGUUGGCGUUAUUCGCGGCGUUUGUGAUUACGGAGAUGAGCACAAGAAUAAGGAAUGGCAGCCGUAUGCCGCCGCGAUGGCGGCUGCGUAUGCAAAGGCUGUCCUGUCAGAGAUUCUCCCGAGGACUAUGCCAUCUACAAGCCCACCUGUCCCAGCGCCAGGACAGGGAGGUCCUGUUUUUAAUGGGCCGAUUUCCGGGCAUAAUAACGAUCCGCAACCGACGUACACCAGUGUCAUGGCUGAAUCCAUCUUCAACGGAGAGAUCCACGGACGAAACGUUGUAGCCGCCCCGCACGCGGCGCACUGUGGGACGAACAACUUCUAUUUCGCUGAUAAUGGUCAAUCGAAACCCCGCCAGCCGUUCUCGACCGUCCCCUUUCGACUGGACCCUGACUUCGUCGAACGGCCUGCCAUCACCGCCUGGCUGCGCGGUAAAUGUGCUCAACCAGCAAGUCGGGCCGCCCUCGUAGGGCUGGGCGGCAUCGGGAAAUCACAGCUGGCCAUUCACUACGCGCACGAAAUACGGCAACGCUCGCCAAACACAUACGUAUUUUGGGUGCAUGCGAGCACCAAUGCGCGAUUCGAGGAGGCAUAUCGUGAUAUCGCGGAGAGGCUGCAGCUUCCUGGCCGCUCUGAUCCCAAUGUCGAUGUGAUGCAGCUGGUGUACCGCUGGCUGAGCACCGAGGAGAACGGACCAUGGCUGAUAGUUGUCGAUAAUGCCGAUGACAUAAGUAUCUUCUAUUCGACACCCGACCGCGGUCAAAGUACGCCCAUCAACCCCACAGCACAACGGCCGCCCAUCUCCUUCCUACCACAAAGCAGCAACGGGAUGAUUCUCGUUACAUCGCGGAGCAAGGAAGUGGCUGCACGACUGGUGGGCAGUCAGUGGAGUAUCUCAUCAAUUCAGGCAAUGGACGAAUCUGAGGCACUGCAGCUGCUCCAACACAAACUGCGGGAGCAUUAUAAUGGAGACGUUGCGCCUUACUUGGUUCAAGCGCUCGAGUAUAUGCCUCUGGCCAUCACACAGGCAGCAGCGUAUAUUCUCCGAGAAGCGCCUCUUGUGUCUCUGUCUACAUACUUAACUGAGUUUCAGAGGAGCGAGAAGAAGAAGGCUGGUCUCCUCAAUAGAGAUAUGGGUGAUGAUCGACGCGACCUAAGCGCCUCUAACUCGAUUAUUACGACAUGGCGGAUCACGUUUGACAAGAUUCGUCAGGAGAGGCAAUCGGCGGCCGACUUGUUGGUAUUUAUGAGCUUCUUUAAUCCACAGGGAAUUCCAGACUGGGUAAUCAGGAGUUACCAGCGCGGAAGGGAAAAUAAGGAGGCCAAUUUUAAGGAUAAGUUCCGAAGUGGUCAGGACACUAACAGUAAUAGUGGUAACGAUGAUAGCGAGGAUGAUGAGUUUGACGAUGAUCUCAGCAUGCUCCGCAAGUUCUCCCUGGUGACAGUAACUGCACACAAGGGCGUGUUGGAGAUACACGCACUCGUACAGUUCUGCACGAGAAACUCGCUUUCAUCGUCUGACACACGGAUAUGGAGGCGGAAGUUCCUGCAGGUCAUGUCAAGAGAGUUCCCGAGUGGGAAUUACGAAAACUGGGCCAAGUGUCGAGAGCUAGACCCGCAUGUCGAGCUGCUGAUCAAGAAGAAGCCUAAAAACGAGGAAGACGCUAAGGAUUGGGCUCACUUGCUCACAAGUGUAGGAUGGUAUAAAUGGAGUAUUGGUCUGUAUGAAGUGGCAAACAGAGCGCUACAAGAGGCGGUUGAAGUAAGGCAGAAGGUUCUCGGCGUCCAGGGUACGGACACGCUUUUGAGUAUCGCCAUUCUUGCUAGCGUGCUACAAUACCAGGGAAAGUACGAAGAGGCAGAGCAGAUGAAUCGACAGGCACUAGACGGCUAUGAGAAGGCUCUAGGCAAAGAGCAUCCCGACACCCUCACAAGCGUCAGCAAUCUUGCUUUAGUGCUACGAUACCAGGGAAAGUACGAAGAGGCAGAGCAGAUGAAUCGAUAG